UCGGAAUCCUUACUUUUAAGUAAUCGUUUCGCUGAAAGGACUUGAAGCCAAAUUGCAGAAUGAAGGACCUGUGCCGAAUUUGUGCCCGCGAGUUGUGCGGGAAUCAACGUCGUUGGAUUUUUCACCCAGGAGCCAAGCUACAGGUGCUGCUGUCGCACACACUGGGUUGCGAGCUGCGCCGGGACGGCCGCGGCGAGUUCGCCUGCAGCAAGUGUGCCUUCAUGCUUGAGCGUAUGUACCGCUUUGACACAGUAAUCGCACGCGUCGAAGCCCUCUCCAUUGAGCGCCUGCACAAGCUCCUGAUGGAGAAAGACCACCUCAGACAGUGCAUUAGCCGACUGUACUUCAAGCACAACAACGAUGCCGUACCUGUGGAGAAGAACUGCAUGGUGGACAUGUCAGGCCUUCACGAUGCAAAGUACAGCGCUCUGCUUGAAGACGACCUGAUGUAUUCUGUUUACGAGUCGUGGGCAGAUGACGAGGAGCAGAUGUUAGACUGCAUCCAUUACUCACAGAGUCAUGGGUCAGAGGCGUCUUUGCCUUGGCACAAGCCACGAAGGUGCCGGGGAUGCACUAGGCUCCGCGUAGCUGACUCAGACUAUGAAGCAGUGUGUAAGGUCCCCAGGAAGAUCGCACGUAGCACCUCGUGUGGGCCGUCUACACGCUAUUCGGAGACCACAAUGACAACUACAGCAUCAGCUACUCUGGUUCCAGAGACUCAGCAAACAACAAGAGCUUCAUCAGACAGUGACAAGACUUUAGGGGAGAGGCCAAGCUCUAGCAACUCUGCAGAGUCUUUAAUUUCAACACAGGCUGCAGUGCCUUUUGAUAAAGAGAUGGAACGAGAUAUCAAGGAUGAGCAUACGGACAACCUCUCUGAAGGUCUUACUCCUGGCUCGACAAGUGCUGCGGACAAAUUGCAGCUAGCUUUGUGUCUGGUUCAGAACUGUGUAUACAAACCUAUCCAGAUUCCCCAUGGUAGUAAACUCCCAGUUCUAAUUAAACCCGCGUCUACGGGUGCAUGCACUAAGCCGGGUAAUCUUGAGCAGGCCUUAAGGAGCCAGCUUGAUGGGGAAGACUAUGCACUAGAGAUUCCAGGUGCUCCAAGAAUCCAGUUUGACUUGACAAUGGAGUUGGCUGAGCUGGAAGAGAUGUGUGAUGAUGUGUAUAAGCCCUUACGCUUCCACAAGCUUCCAAAGAAGAGUCUAGUAGAGGAGCAGCAGUCCCAGUUGAACCAGUAUGAAUCUGCAGCAGGCCAGUGCGUCAACGAACUACAGAAAGCGCAGCACCAGGUUCAGUCUCUCCAGAAUAAGAUCCAAGAUAGUGAAGCCAGCAACAAGAAGCUGCAGGAUAGGCUGGAUGAAAUGGAGACUGAGCUGUGUUCUAUCAGACAUGCAGCUCAAAAUCAGGAAAGAACCAUUCAAAGCCUCACCGAAAGCCUCAGUACUAAAGAAACAGAGACACAAGAGCUGCAUCAGGUUAUAGAAGGACAGAACAGCACCCUGUGUACGCUCAGAGAAAUGGCACAUCGCAAACAGCUCCAUAACACACAGACUGGAGAGGAGGCUAAGCUACAGGGUGAGGUGAUAGCACUACAGAGCUCUCUCUUCAGCCGCCAGCUCGAGCUGGAGACCGGUCAGCGUGCCCAGAGGCAGAGUCAGAGAGUGGCAGAGGACCUGGGAAACGCUCGUGACCGCCUACAAAGUGACCUAGAGGCAGCACUGAAGCACAGAGAGACCACUGAGAAUUACAACCAGGAUCUGCGUAACACAUUAAAGCAGUUACGUUCAGAUAUGCAAAUAAAAGAGGCGCAGCUGAAGGAAUGCGAGGCUGAUAAACACACCGAAAUUUCAGCCCGAGACAGAACCAUCUCACAGCUCCAGCUGUUACUGAAGGAGAAGGAACGGCUUGUGCAGGAGCACUCAGAGAUGCUGGACAAGCCUGUUGAGACCAGUCGCCCCCGAGAUGCCCUCCUGGAUAAACUCAAGAGCCGCAUCCGUGACCGUGACAAAGCUCUGGAGCGCUCUAUAGACGAGAAGUUUCACUGUCUGGAGGAGAAAGAGAGCGAGGUACGCAGGCUUCAGUUAGCACUCCGGGAAAAAGAACGGGACCUGGAGAGACUGCGCUGCAUUCUAUCCAACAACGAAGAAACGAUCACGAGUUUGGAUGGUCUGGUGCGCAGUAAGGAGCUGGAGCUGGAGCAAACUCAGGAAACAUGCCGAAAGCUGCAGUGGCUCAAACAGCAGAGUGACGAGAAACACAAAGUGGCUCUGCGCGAGAGAGACAACAUCAUCACACACCUGCACUCUGCACUACACAAAUGCAGCAAAGAGGCAGAGGAUCUGACAGCGGCACUGACGGCUAAGCUUUUCCCCAACCCCAACGAGGUGGUAGAGGAGCUGAAGUCACGCCUGGUGCUCAAGGAGCGGCUUUUCCAAGACUUGCUGACCGAGCGCAGCAGGCAGACACAAGAGCAUCACACUCUGAUUCAGGACCUGCUCAACACCAUCAAUGCCAGAGACCAGUACAUUAAGGAAAGCGGGCAGAGAUCAAGGCAGGUGAUAGUGGAGAGGACCGGGCAGCUACAAGAGAUGCGUAGGCAGCUGGCAUCACACGAACAGGGGCUGUGUGACGUGACUCGGGAGAAAGAAAGGGAGAGAGAGAGAAGAGCUGCGGUGGAUAUUGAGAUGGACAGACUUCAAAGUUUACUCAGAGAGAAAGAGAGCCUUAUCACGGACCUAAUGCAAGGUCAGGAAGAGGCGCUGUUGACCCCUAGAUCAGCGGGAGCAACAGAGAGUGAUCAGAGCUCUGAGCUGGAGAUGCAAGCUGUUAAGGAAGAGCUACAGAUUGCACUAAGAAAGCACAGAGAGACGGAGAGAGAGCUACUGGAGCUGAGAUCCUCUCUAACCAAAAAGAAUGAAACCAACACUGACCCUGAUCCCCAGUGUGCUCUGGAGCAGUUGGUAACGGAGUACCAGCAUCUAAACCAGGCUCUCAGAGCUGAGAAGAAGCUUUAUCAAAACCUGAGCCACAUCCAGACCAGAGGAGACAGUGAGGAGAAGACUCUGAUGCUCCACGUGGAACUGGACACAAUCCAGGCACUGCGGGGACAGCUGGAAGAGGUCCUGAACAGGACCCGAGACACAGCUCUGGCGCUGGAAAGGGCAGCUCAGGCCCAGGCCGACUAUGGAGAGUUCAGCACCGACGAGGAAACUGAUGAGGAUGAUGACGUCGACGAGGAUGAAGGCAGUAGCAGUGAAGAGUUCACAGACAGCAUAGAGGACGACGAUGUGAAACUGACCGCUCAGAGUCUGGCUAGCACACAGAAUGCUGGGAUGUUGGAGGCAUCUGGAAUUAAAGGAAUACCCCAGGUGGACUUUGGGGGAGAAUGGCAGUAUGAGACUGAGCUGAAAAAGAGUGGAGAGGCAGGAGAAGAGGAACACCAGCUCAGCCAGGCUGACUGCAUCAUGUUCUCUCAGAGCAGGACAACUCCACCAAGCCUGCAAGAAGAAAACCAGAGGCUAGAACUGAGUGGAAGUGGAUCCGGACUGAGGGCGGAGAGUAAAGUACCUGUGACGUGCAGAGGGUGGAAGCAAAGUGACGCAGACAGGCUGAACCUUCAUGACCAGCAAAUACCCCAUGAGUUAAUAGAGGAAGAAGAGGAGGAGGAGGAGGAAGAGUAUGAUGAUGAAGAGUGGGAGCAAGAGGACGUGCGACCCCCUCUGGGGAAGCGCGGGCCUCCGAACGUGACUCUGAGAGAAGGAGCGGGGAAGAGGAGGUGUAACAGACCCCACUCUCUAGAUCUCGGCCUGCUUCUUGCUCACAAAGCUACGGGCGAAUCCAGAGAGCAGGAACCCAGCCUGCAGCAGGAGGUGGAGGGAGGGAGUGGAGGUUCUGCAGGGUUCUGGCAGCAUGUAGAGGCGGGACUUCGAGAGCAGGCAGAGCGUCUGCGUAGCGACCUGGCCCUGAGCCGCCAGGAAAGCAGAGAGUUGCAAGAGAGACUGAUGGUGUCCGAGGCCACAGUACAGGCUCAGGCCGAACAGCUCAAGGACUACAGAGAACUGCUGACGGAGAGUGCCGUGCAGCAGGACAGUAAGCAGGUGCAGGUGGAUCUGCAAGAUCUGGGCUAUGAAACCAGUGGCCGCAGUGAGAACGAGGCUGAAAGAGAAGAUGCUAGUAGCCCCGAGUUCGAUGACCUGGAGAUGUGCACCUCUCUCUCUCCACAGUCCUACGUCAGCGUCAACAAGCCCUGGAAUCAGCACGGCGAUUUGUUGGUACAGGACCUGCGCAAACAGCUCUCACGCUGCCACAAAGUGAUCCGCGGACUGCAGCUACGCGUGCGGUCACUCUCCACAACCUCCGACUACGCCUCCAGCCUUGAACGCACACCACGCAAGGUGAACUGGGCUUUUCAGCCCUCCCCUGAAGAGGAUGAGGGCUGGCACUCGGACGUCCCGGCUCUGUGUUCCAGCUCGGUGAAGUCCAACAGGGAGCUGCAGGAGCUGGUGUCCCGUGUGGCAUCACUGGAGAAUCAGAUCCGCAGCUGCAAACAGGAGGAGAAAAGAGGGGCUGAGGAGGGGAAGACUGCCACCUGGCCUGGUAAGUACAACACGCUGAUCCAGGCUCAGGCCCGGGAGCUGUCACAUCUGCGCCAAAGGAUGCGCGAGGGCCGAGGAAUCUGCCACAUCCUCACACAGCACCUGGGCGACACCACUAAAGCCUUCGAAGAGCUGCUGCGCGCCAAUGACAUCGAUUACUACAUGGGACAGAGUUUUAGAGAACAGCUGUCCCAGAACUCCUCACUUGCACAGAGGAUCAGCAUUAAGAUCAGCGGACGAGAUCUUUUAGAGGUACCGGAUGACAAAAUGGGCCAUGAGCUGUUAGCAUUAAGGUUAAGUAAGGAGCUUCAGCAAAAAGACAAAAUCAUCGAGUCUCUGCACACCAAGCUGCAACAACGCCCUGACACACCAUCCACCAGCCACGCCCCCUCAGAAACAACAGAUCAAUCCGACCGCACGUCUUUUGUGUCAGAUGAGAGGGCGUCGGUCAACGAGGACCUGGAGCUGUGUUCUGAUGCGGAUGGAGUCAGCGAAUACGCCCAGGAGGAAGCUGUUCCCAUGUCAGAGAAUACAGGUGCACAUUCUCUUCCCUUGUCUGGCUCUUUGCCCUUGUUCCAGAACCAUCCAUGGUACACUACUUCAAAUAACUUAAACUCUCAUUCAUUGCCCCUCCUUGGGCAUGAUACUCGGCUAUUGACACCAGAACAGCCGCAACAGGGUCUGCGCAGGCCACCACUCCGAAGUUUUAGCUUACCCCAUUCGCUGAGCAACUAUCCACUGAUGGGCCCUGCACUGCCUGAUUCCUCCAGUUAUACAAAGCUAUACCAUCAUUCCCUCGACCAGCCCCAGCAAUCGGACAGCAGCCUGGUGGGGAGCAGUACACCCUGGGGCAUAGAUAGCCUACUCCAUCCAGUCACAGGCUUCUCUGGAGUGCCUGGUUAUCAGUCAGGAAACAGCAACCUAGGUGUGGACCUGAUCGAGGAGCAUCUGCGAGAGGUGCGGACCCUGCGACAGCGUCUAGAAGACUCCAUCAAGACUAAUGAAAGGCUGAGACAACAGCUGGAGAAUCGUCUGGCCAACGCCGCCAGAGACGGAGCAGCACCUACGAACAUCUAUAUUCAGGGCCUGGACACUGUCACCCAGCUGUCCAAUGAGAUUCGCUUGCUGAAGGAAGAGAAUCUAAGUCUCCAGUCCAAACUGCAGAUGAGCAGGGAUAACAGUGAGGAGGUAGAGCAGUUGCGAGAGGCGGUGUUGUCUGGACGGGCUCGGCUGAAGCAGGUCGAGUUAGAAGCUGAGCAGUGGAAGGAUGAGGUGAGGAGGCUCCAGGCACACAUCUGUGAACAAAGUCAGCAGAUCCAGCAGAUGCGCCAGGACAGGCAGAGCAACCAGGAGCACAGCAAUAGGCUGCAGCAUGAAUUGAGUCUUCUCCAGCAGCAGCUGUCAGAAAGCAGGCAGCUGUUGCACUCACUGCAGUGUGAGGUGCGUCUGUAUGAUCGGAUGUGUGCUGGAAACAAGGGCGCCCCUGCAGGUUACCUCUCUGAGAUUCCAUACGCCUCGUUUCCACUUGGGGGAGAAUUAGGUGAGUUGAUGGUGGAGGUACGGGCUUUAAGGACCCAGCUGGAGCGCAGCAUCCAUGAAAACAGCUCUCUCAGAAUACAGCUACAAAAACAGCUGGAACAACAGUUGACCUCAACCAGUUUGGAUUCAAGACCUUCAUCUUUAAUCCCAGCCAGCCCACUGAGGGACGCUUUCUACAGGAGGCAGUUGCUGCACGACCCAUCUCCCUCUCCUCCAGUAAGGGAUGUUGGCCCAUUUCCUGCUGGCCCCCCGUGUUCUCCUUUUUCAGAGCUUGAGGAGAGCUCACUCGCAGCUAACGACUCUCUGGAGCCACAUUCUGAGCUGGAAGGUGAUGCCCCGGAUGGUUCGUUCGCUAACCGGAACGGACGACAUGCCAUUGGGCACGUGGAUGACUUUGGUGCUCUGCAGCAGCAGGUGUUAGAGGGCAGAGGGUUGGUGCAAAGGAUGGAGGCCACGCUGAAUACCUGCCUCAAUACUGCACUGAUGGAGGUCAAUACAGGGAAGGCUCUGGAUUAUGCCAGCAUAAAGACUUUGUUAGCUAACACUAAGACUCUGAGGCAGAUUCUGGAGGAGGCAUUUUCUCUGCUUAAGAUGUUCUGGAGAGCAGCCUUGCCAAGCAGUGACAGUUCGGCACAUUUUCUUCGAAAGGAGCAGUCAAUGAAGGAGGAGAUUCAGUCUCUGCGUACCAGGAUAGAGGAGCAAGAGGAGGUUUUGCAAAACACCAUACAAAGGCUGAAGAGCACCAGUCGGACUAAAGAGAGCAUGGAGACCUUCAUCGUCAACCAGUUGUCCAGGACUCGAGACGUGCUCAAAAAAGCCAGAACCAAUCUGGAGAAGAACCAGCUCAGGAUUUCAUCCUUAAGCUCUUCCUCCUCCUCAUCCCUUUACCAUGGUCAAAUCCUCAAAGGUGCCUUCCCAGUGUCUUCUGAUUGGGGUGGUGUGACCCCUGAGAUUGCCAUGGAAACCAGCCCGAAACACGCCAGGAAGCGCAGCAGGGAGUGCCUUUACCAAGAGGCGUAAUAAACCAGCUGAGCCGUGCUACGCCUCUCCACUUCUCCUCUUCUGCCUUCUCUUCUUCCUGUGUCCUCUGGCCUUCUUGUCUGUUUCUGUUCUUUACUUUGCCUUGUGGGAUGGGAACAGCACCCGGGCGGACGGUGCUGUGUGGCGCGGCUGCCGCAGAAUGUAUUGUAAUGGCAGCUUGUCAGCAUUCAGGAGUGUGGUUGCAUAUUAGUUCGGUGUGGACGCAUAUGGUACAAACUCAUUCACUACAGAACAAGAACCUGCUGUUGAAGAUGCAUAUAUGAUGUUGCAGCUGAUCAUACUGCCGCUAAAUUUCCUUGAGAAGCUCAGGGGCAACAUUAUUUAGGGGCAACACAUUAUUUAAGACAGCGUCUGAACCGCAGAUCCUUAGACUUUCCGACCACUGAACUACCAGUGCCUAUAUCGAAGGCUCAAUCAGGCAAUAGCUUAAAGCUCAGAUUGAGUUUAGUGAGUUCAUUAAAGGACUUUUAAGCCUUUCGCUAUGCCAAAAUACCAGCCGGAGUGUUUGCUGAUUGUAGCUUUAAUAGCAUGUGCAGUAUAAGUAUAGGUCACUGAAUGCAGCUUACACUGAAACUCUGUAUUUUAUAAAGCUAAAAGACCGUCAGUGCAAUAUUAUGACUUGUAUUAUUAUCCUGUAUUACUACUGAUCUUGUUCUUGGGCAGUAUUUGCAUGGUGGAGUUAAAAAAAAAUAAGUAAAUGAAGGAAAAUUAAGCUGUAAAAUGAGGUUCACAGAUACUUGCCAAAGUUUGAACUUCUGUUUUCAGUAUUCUUUUUUGUAUUAACCUGUCUGCCAUCCAGAGAGGCUUCUGAAGCCUAUAGAUGGGUCAGGGGAAUUUGGAAAUGUCACUUUGCAUGACCGAAUGGAGAAUGAAAUUGAGUGUCCGGUUCAAGUAUGAUUUAAAUAGUAUAUGCCGCUCAGGUGGCGCAGCGGUAAAACACACGCUGAACACCAGAGCUGGGAUCUCGAAUACAUCGUAUCGAAUCUCAGCUCUGCCUGCCGGCCACAUGAACAACGAUCGGCCUGUUGUUCAUAUAUGGGUGGGAUAUUAAAAGCCGGAUAGGGACUCUCUCAUAAAUAAUGCAAUUACGACCUCUGCUGGCUGAUUGAUGGCGCCUGCACAGAGAUGAGAAAAGGGUGCUGUCAGGGUGUGUCUCUCCGUACACAGUGCUGAUCCGCAUUGCACUCGUCAAAGUGUAGGUGACAAAAUGCAUACGGCUGCUACCCACGUGUCGGAGGGGGUGUGGGUUAGCUUCGUUCUCCUCAAUCAGAGCGGGGAUCGGCAUUGGUGGAGAGAAAGCAUGACGCAAUCGGGCAAUUGGACACGCUAAAAGGGAGAAAAAGGGGGAGAAAAUGCAUAAACUAAAUAUAAAAAAAUCAAUAAAUAGUAUACAAAAUAAAUACACCGCCAACAAGCUACACAGUGUCUACAAAUAACUACUAGUUAUUGGUUCCUGCUCUGCUUAACUUAACUACACUGUCGAGACAGGCUGGGAGUGACUCAAUAAGGUCCUGGUGGGUCGUCCCAGGUAUCUGAAGCCAUGCUGACUGCAGUGCAUCUCACAUCUGCUGGCGGGGGCAUGGGGGAGGAUCCAUAGAGCGAACACGCCAAUCGAGGUGGUCCCACAGAUGCUCAAUUGGGUUCAAGUCUGGGGAAUUAGGGAGCCAGGGUAGUACUUGGAAGUCUUGGUCAUGCUCUUCCAACCAAUGUGGGACAUUUCAAACCGUGUGACGUGUCGCAUCGUCUUGCUGGAAGAUCCCAUCCACCCCAGGAAAGACAAUCAGCAUGCAAGGAUGGAUUCGUACCCAAAUCUGUUGAGAGUGCCUUCCACACCUUAUAUAGCCACCAAGCCAGCUCACGAAACGUGACUUCCUUCAUGAGCUACGCUCUGCAGCCGUCUAAAGUAGGAAGUCAUAAUAAUGUGACUCGACAGUGUACAACAUCCAUAUUUAGUGUCAGCAAAAAAAAACCCCACAAUGCAUGCUUUAAUUAAUUAAUGUUUGAACUUUUUAAACAGUCAGUAUAAAACCUCCUAUAGUACUAUUUUCUGAAUGACUGCUACUGGAUCACAUUCAUCAUUUUCACUAAAUGCAUUUUAGUGAACAUAUGGGUUAAGUAAUUGGACCAAAACGCUGCGGUACCUCCACAUAUUCGUAUCGGCUCAAAUCUGCUGAAAUAGAGAGAACAAACUUUGGCAAGGACCUGGUGGGACCAUGAUUUGCUUACCGAUGCUACAAUCACGUAUUCUGUCACAGUUUGAGACGCCGCUUGUAUCUGUAUUGUGCUGUUUAAUUUCUGCUUUCUAGUGCUGUACAUACGUCGCUUUUAAUUAUAUUAUUUUGUGUUUUACUAUGAUUAGGAUGAGUAUCGGGGUAGCUGUGCAAUAGCAAAACAAUUAUUUGCAGCAUUACCUUCUUUUGAAUCAGUAUUGUGCUGCUUCCUGCAUCCUAAGUAGUGCAUAACCAGAUAGAUAUGCUAAUUUAUAAAAGCCAGUAUAGUCAUGGCUUGGUCCUGAGGAACUGAAAAGCUUUGUAGUGUUUAUUUUAUAGCACGUUGAUACAAAGCUUGAGGAAAUGUUGCUUCGCUUGCCUAUAAGCCAGAAAUGCAGUAUUAUUUAUUCUCUGCAGUAAAAAAAACAAUCAUUUGAACUACUGCUUGGUGUUAGUUGUAGAUACGGGAAUAUUUUAAGCAGCGAGCCUGGCCUUGCUUGCACUUAGCAAUAUUUGGGCCACGAGUACAUUUCUAACCACAAAGAAAUAAGUGUUGACUUUUGGCUUGUUAAGAAUUGCAUACCAGUACCAAAGUUGUCAGUUUUACUAUGAAUCUGAUUGGAGUUGAAGAAUUAAUUGGCGUAAGCAAUCCCUGUAUAUUAAUUUAAAGAUGGACACAUGAAAUUUUAAUGUGGUAAUUGGGAAAACUUUACCAAGUGUAUAUGAUAUGAUGAUUUUUGAGGACUCAUUUGUUGCCACGGAGUCUGCUGUGUUUGUCAUGCAAUAAAAGGUCACGGAUAAAUCA